CGCCGAGUGGGCUUAGAAAAGGUAGUGUUGUGUGCCUAUUGGCCCGGUGUUUUCAACGCAAGCGUCGACGGGACUUUCGUGCAGCGGCGGGCGCAGCUUCGGGACCGAGGCCUAGCAUAUCCGGCCACGUGUGCGCGCCAGCAGCCAACAAGAAAUGACGUUCGGCACUUCAGCUGACAUCGAUUGUUGACCUACAUAGCCAACCAACACCUGCGCCUUGCAGCAGCGCUGACUGGAUGUGCGACUUUUGGGCCUGGGGGAGUCCGACGGCCUCUCCAGCGGCGGUAUGACAGAACAAAGCUUGGUUACGGACCCGGGCUUGGGCCGAUCGUACAUUAAUAGCACUUGGGGAUGAACUGGUGUGCAUGAAUGAUGGCCCCGGUUUGUGAUCCAUUCUGUCAAAUACCUGGUUGUGCCCUCCUACAUAAAUCAAACACCAAGAAAGGCACAUCCAGCCGUUGAGCGUUUCAGAAGUUCGGCACCAGCGGUCAGUCGAAGCUCGAUAUGCAAAAUGAGUAGACCCGGCAAGAUGUCUACACAACCGCCAAGGAUCAACGUGGAGGUACCCAGGGAGCCGAGCCUCGAGGAUGGACCAUGGUCACCGCAGUGGCCAGACCAAGCAUUUUAUUACAAUGGGAGGCCAAGAAUACUUCUCGACGAGGAACAAGCAGUAUCUCGCUCAAGUCUAGAGACAAUAGCGACACCAUACCGCCCCCCAGAGCCCCAGAAGGACCCUGAUCUUGUGGCAUGGAAUGGUCCAGAUGAUCCAGAGAACCCCAAGAACUGGCCAAGGGGUAAGAAGUGGGCCACUACGAUGUCGGUCUCAGCCUUCACCUUUAUCUCGCCAGUCUCAUCAUCCAUGGUUGCCCCUGCGCUCGAGAUCAUGGCACACGACCUUGGCAUCACCAGCACCGUCUUGUCUGCAAUGUGUCUGUCCAUCUUCGUGCUCGCCUUCGCCAUCGGUCCCCUCAUAUUCGGUCCCCUAUCAGAAAGCUUCGGCAGGAAACCCGUCUUGCUCUUGACCAACUUCUACUACUUGUGCUUCAACUUCGGUUGUGGUUUCUCACAAACAGGAGCACAAAUGCUGGUUUGCCGUUUCAUGAGCGGUAUUGGUGGAAGUGCGCCGUUGGCUGUUGGUGGAGGAGUUCUAACUGAUAUCUGGGACCCUCAUGAGCGUGGGAAAGCCGUUGGUCUAUACAGUCUUGCACCGCUACUUGGUCCAGUCAUUGGUCCACUGGCAGGUGGCUUCAUCGCCGAAAACACUACUUGGCGAUGGGUGUUCUACGCAACGACCAUCACCGCCAUCGUGAUCCAAUUCGCAGGUAUCUACCACAUGCCCGAGUCCCACGCCACCAUCCUGCUCCAGAAGAAGCGCGACCGGCUGGCGAAGGAGACUGGCAACGAAAACCUCUACAUCGCCAAGGACAAGCAGGAGUCGCUGGGCAGGGCCAUCGCAAGCUCCAUGGCACGGCCCUCGCGGCUACUGGCCACCCAGCCCAUCGUGCAGAUCAUCGCCGUGUAUAUGGGCUACCUGUUCGGCCUUUUCUACCUGAUCCUGUCGACCUUCCCCACCCUCUACACCGAGGUGUACGGCCAGAACCUCGGCAUCAGCGGCCUGCACUACAUCUCACUCGGCCUGGGCUUCUUCUUCGGGGCGCAGGUCAACGCGCAGAUCACAGACCGGCUGUACAAGAAGCUCACGGCCAAGAUGUACGCGACGAUGGGGCAGAGCCCUCCACUCCAGGAGAAGAAGAUGGCUUGCAACUGCAACUGCGAAUGCCACGCCGCGCACGGCAACAACCCGCCAACAGCCAAGAUGCCGCCCCCCGGGCCUCCCGGCGGCCCACCCGGCCCUGGGGGACCACCCGGCGGACCUCCGGGUAUGCUAAGGAAAGGCCGGCCCGAGUUCCGCAUCCCCUCCAUGUUCGUAGGCUCUCUUCUUAUCCCCAUCGGCCUCUUCUGGUACGGAUGGAGCGCGCAGGCCCGGCUGCACUGGAUCAUGCCUGACAUCGGCAUCACCAUCUUCGCCGCGGGAUCCAUCACGUGUCUGCAGUGCAUGCAGGCGUAUGUCAUCGACUCGUACACCCGCUUCGCUGCCAGCGGCAUGGCUGCCGUCAUCGUCCUGCGGAGUUUGGCCGGGUUUGGCUUCCCGCUCUUCGCGCCUUACAUGUACGCUUCCCUUGGCUACGGCUGGGGCAACAGCGUGCUGGGCUUCGUCAGUAUUUUCGUCGGUAUCCCGGCGCCGUACCUCUUCUGGUUCUAUGGUCAGAAGCUGCGUGCCAAGUCUAAGUAUGCCAUGGGUUGAGGGGCCAUGGGCUACGUGGGCGGUCUUAGGCUGUGUAAAUGAAACAUGAAGGUGUGUUAAUGUCAUUGGGACUGUAACAUUGUUUUAUCUGGUGUUAUGGCGCACUUAGUCGCCCGGGCUGGCAUGGCAUCUGGACUGGAGGACAUCCUGAUCAGUUCUGCUCAGGUUCACGGGCAAGUGAAGGAUUGGCGUUGAGGAUGGAGGGCAUAGACUGCAUGUGAUUAUUAUGACUGGCAUGGAAACAUUUUAAGUAGUCAACCUUGUAUUCAAACACAUCCGCUCUG